AUGAGCUGGAGCCUUGCGAGUAAUGCGGAUCAAAAAGUGGAACAUUUAAGUAGCCUUCUCAAAUAUGUCAUCAGUAAUGGCUCAUCAAUGAAAGCGGACGAAAUUAUUCUAUCAAUCCACGUGAUUGGUACAAAUAUAGAUAAAUUAUCCAGUAAUGACGUAUUGUUGGCCAGUAAAACAUACCGUUUGUUGAUCAAAUAUUUUAUUAAACAUCUGGAUGAUGGACAUAUUAAUACGAUUCAUCUGGUGGAUAUCAUACGUUGUUUGUUGGCUGGAACAGCAUUACCAACUGAGUAUCAUAGUUACCUUUGCUCACAGCAAUGUAAUCAAACGAAGCAUGACAUGGUUGAAACUGUUCAGCCUUGUACACAGUUAAAUGUUUCUUCUAAAGAAAUAUUAGCAAUAAACGGGCUGUUAUUAUUUUCAUCUUUCUCUAUCGAAAAAUUAAUUUCUACUUUAAUACCUGCAAAAUUGCUUCAUCCAUUUCAAAAUGCCGUCGCAGAUCGAUCAUUUCGUGUACAUUCUAAAAUUGGUCACAGUGAUAUAUCAAUUCUUCAAAAGGGAAUUAUUGAUAUUGACAAGUUGUUAUGCAUCGAUUUUGGUAUGGCAACUGAAACUGUAAUGGAAUAUAUUAGUAGUACCUCGAACGCGCUAAUUUUGAUGAUUAGUUCGUUAGCAUGUAAUUGUACCGUUGAAGAAAUGCAAACGGAUGCAGGAAAUGCCUGUUGUACAGCAGUAAUGAAUGUACAUAAGCGUGUCACUGAACUGACAGCAGGAACACUGUGCUCCAGAAAUCAUUUAAUGAAUUCCACUGAAGUUCUUGUCUUCUGCAUUAACGAGUUGUUGGGAAACUGCAAAAUGGACGUAGCAUAUGUUUUCGCUAAUCGUUUCCUCAGCAUGCUUCCGACGGCAUUAUCAUUUUUGACAUCUAUAUCUUUUACUUUAUAUGAAGCACUUUGGGGUGUUGCUAAAGAAGCACUACAACAUGCAUUGAGGUUAGGUGAUGCUAGCUCAGUCAAAAAGUCAUCCUCAGCCGACUCACCUGAUGAUCCUGUGGCAGGUGUUGGCGAUUGGUUGGAAAAUAUUCUGAGAGCUGUACCCGUUUUGAUGGAUCAGCAAGAAGAUGCAGUCAAUUUGCAAAAGGCUACUCUUUUUACCAUCUCCUCUUCAACGCUGUUAAGCUUAUGCGAAAGGAGUCUGUCGAUGUUAUUCUUCAUGGGAAACACUUCAAACAUCUGGACAAAUUCAAGUUUCACUUGUUUUCGGGACUUAUGUGCCGCAUCAGGUGGCGACCAUGGCUAUUGUGAGACAGAAAAUAUCAACGUUUUAUUAAUACUGCUUCUGGAACAUUCGCUAGACAAGGGUUAUCUGGAUGAAAAUGAUGAAGAGCAGCUGGUAAACAGUAUGCUAUAUUUUCCAAAGGGUAAUGAAUCAGAAAUUAUCACUUCGGAUCCGUUUUGCCUAAAAAUUAUUGCUGUUUGUGUGUUAGGACGUCAAAAUGCAGUACAGAUUGUUCAUUAUGUUCUGCGCUCAAUAUAUGCAGAAUCGAGGAGUGGUACUCCGGAACAUUCCGCCUUCUGGCUUCUCGAAUGUAUUUCCGAACUGCUGGAUAGUAAAGACCUGGAAAAAUUAGCUGAUUAUGCAGUGAACAUGUUGUAUGAUGCCCUAAAAAGUGGUGUGAAACGGCAAAGGGUGCGUUAUGCGUUGGAAGCUGUUCAUCUCUUAUUAGUUGGAGGCCAAUUACGAGGUAAAAGGGAUGCAGUCAUGGAAAAGUUUCGAAAAUGUUGUUGCGAUUCUUUCGAUCUAAGCAGGACACCGAAAUGGGGCGAUACUCUGUUAACUCGUUCUAUGUUGAAUUUCAAUCACUGGGAUGAAUUACACGAUUUGUAUAUCACUUGGUUAUAUGAUAUGCGAUGGGAUGAGGAAUACCUUCCUGCAGAUAUUAUUUUGCCGCCCACAAUUUCGUUUCUUUCAAAAAUUGUGAGCGACACUGCCAUUCUUUCCGCUGAACGCUGUCAUUUUGUGCGAAUUCGACCUUUAUUACUGAAUGGCAUCUAUGCAGCUUAUUUGAAUAAAUUUAAUGGCGAAGACGCAAAUAUAAGCGUUCCUCAUCUUCUUAAAAUCGAAACGCUUGUUGCUGUUGGUUUGCCGAUUGUGGAUGACUGCUCUCUCAUUGAUCUCGUGAAUCUGCCGCUGAUAUAUUACGAUUCUCUAUUGCUACUUUACAAUCAGCUGAGAAAAUAUCGUUGUUCAACAGAGGAACUUAUUCGAGUGACUGAAUUCGUUUCUGGGAUGUAUAAGAAUGCAAUGAAUGUGAUUUGCGAACGCAGUAAAGUCACGCUGUCUUUGGGCGCGUAUGGAGUGUCCUUAUCACUCGCAAAAAGUGACCUAUUGAACAGUGCAGUGCCGCAUGCACGUGGUGAACUUCAUUCUAUUUUGAAUGACGAUUUGUUAAAAUUGGUUCGUGCAUGGGCCGGACUUAUGUUACCUGAAUUAAGAUUUUCUUGCACACCAGCUAUGCUGGAUGCCAUGAGUGAUACAUUUCAAUCACCGUAUUCUGUUGUCACCCAAAUACAGGAUAUCAAGAAACAGAUGUUUGCUGCAUUUUGUUCACUUUGCGAUAACACAACUCGAUUUGUUCUUAAUCAGUUGUUAUCAAGAAGCAAUGUGCGACGUCAGGAUGAAACGCGAUUGCUUCUUGACUGGAUGAUUUUUAUCCACAGUUCGGAUCUCACGGGGACAGCAACGCGUGAACUAAAUCAAUCAGUGUUGUCAAAAAUGAAUGCAGUUUUGGUAAUGAGCCGUCAUCUAGCCUGUAUUGUUUCUGCUUUAUUGGAUGGAGUAUUAGCUCAGCAGACUGCAUCAGAAACAAAUUUAUUAAAUGGUCAGUCUGUUUUUUGUUCCAUCCUGAUACAUUUGGUCUCGUCACAAAGCUCUCUCAAUUUGCCGUGGAAUACGCUGCCAGAAGAUAUCUUUUCAUCUGUUCUGGAUCAACUUGCGGUGGACGAUUCACUUAUGAAACGUUCAGUACCAUUUGUCAACUUGCUUUCGACCAUAUGUUGUUUAAAAAAUGCGCAUUUGAACUCUCGAUUUUUGUCACCACUCGAGAAACACCAGAAUUUACUUGUCCAAUGGGUCAGCGUUAGUGUGACCCCGCUUGAGACUUUUUGUAUGUUGCAACCUUUGAUUGAAUAUUUAGCAAUUAAAAAAGAUCGAAAGGCCAGUUUCGUAGAUCCAGAUUUUCGAACUUUAUUAGAGCAAAUGAUUGAUGUCCUUUUUGUCGAAAACGUUCAUCAACGAACAGCUGAAAGCUCUUUGAUUGAAGUGAAACGAAGCGAUCGAUGGGCGUAUGCAUCACUAUGCUGGAGAAAAAUGAACACUCAGAAUGAGAAAGAAGACAGUGGAUCAGAGGAUUGCAAGCGUGAACAAUUGAAGGAGUUGGAUAUCUUUAGUAAAAGUUUGCUAACGCUGUUAAAUAUUGGUGGUCCGAAAAUACACUGUCGUUUGAUUGAUCGGUGCACAAAGUUGUUCCAGGAAUUGAUUGAUAUGUUGCAAAAAGACGGAUUAGAGCUUUUGAAAGGUUCAUCUAGCGUAUCAGGUUCACAGGUCACAGCAGUUUUGUAUGCGUGUAUUUUUCUGUGCAGCAUAUUGAAUUAUAUCGAUUGUUUGUGCCGGACUCUUUGUCCUCCAGGUGUUGUCAGAGACGAUUCAGAUGACUUUUCCACAGCCUUUAUUCCGAAACACAUUAUUAAGAAAAAGCCAUCGUAUUCACGGAGUCGUACCUUACCGUUGUGUACAUUCGCGUCUACAGCGAAACAGUUUGUCCAGCAGCACUGGUACAAUUGCUAUACUUGCGGUAUGGUUGAAGGAGAAGGCGUUUGUUCGGUGUGUGCGGUUAAUUGUCAUCGAGGUCAUGAUCUAUCAUACAGUAAAUUUGGUUCAUUCUUUUGCGAUUGUGGAGAAAAGGGCUGUGUUGCGUUGAAGUCCACAUCAUAUCCUAAACCGCAACGUGCCAACAAUCAAAAAUAUGCGACGUUGCCUAGCAGUCGAUCAAAAUCGUCAAAGCACAGAUUGAGUGUGUUCAGUAAUCUUUCAGUUAUGGAUGAAGAUAAGGCAGAAAUUGAAAAUUAUUUGUGUCAAUUUAUGGAGGCAUUGACAGCUAACCAGAAGAAUAUUACAUCACUGAUUAUCGCGGUGAAGGAAGGAAUGCGUUUGCGAUCAACUAAAGCCCGUGAAUCAUGGCUGAGAGAAGCCGAUGCAAAGCUGAUGCAAGGCUUGACAGUAUCAACAGAUCGUGUUAUUAUGGAGACGUUAAGUUCAUAUUCUAAAGCCGUUUUUGAUAAACGAAUUGAAGUGGGAAAAAAUGUAGAUAAUGUGAUAUUGUCUCUUGAAAUUGGUAGCACGAUUCUUCUGGUUACUGUGCAAGAGAAUUCCAAGAUUGUUUUGCUUGGCAUCCGAUCAUUGCUGAGUGCAUCUACGAAAGACUGUGAUAUACCACGGGUCGAAUUGGAUGCAGUUGGGUUCAAAAUAGUUGCACUUGCAAGUAUGAAAGAUUUACUAGCUGUAUGUGGUUUGAAUCAAUGUCUCAUCCUACGGAUUAAUAAGGAUGGUGAUAUAUCUGAAAGGCAGAAUGUUGAAUUUGCUAACUCAUUUCCAUCUUAUGCUGUUCCAAAAGUAAGAUGGGUAGAUAAUGAUAAUAGCAAUAUGAUAGCGGUUGCGGCACUACAAUUUAUUCGAAUUUACGAUUUGAAUCUGACGAAUGUUCCAUCAACUUUCGAAUUCGUCCUUCCAAUGGGCGAUGUUACCGAACUGGCGUUUGGUAAGCGGAACGAUGGUUUGGUCAUUAUCAUUGUCUUAUCGUCUGCCGGACACCUUUACGUGGAAGAAUUGGAAAAAGCUAGACGUGCUGAUGGAGCUUCUUAUUUUAUGACAACAACACUUCAGUUACCAACAACAUCCACUGCCAUCUCUAUGCAUUAUUCGUCAGAAACUCGAUUUUUAUUCGUUUCUAUGGAAAGUAAUACUUAUGUACUGCACUUUAGUGGUACAGAAUUUGAAGAAGCCAAAGGUCUUCCGUUCAACUUCCCACUGACGAAUUGGUGUGAAUGCGCUGGAGUCUUUGCAGCUCUUUCUCAUCCGUCAUGUGCCUCCGCUGUUUUCUUCUACCCAUAUGGUAAUACUAUAUAUACGCAGACGAAAGCUCUAACUGAUCCCGCAGCAGCUCAAUGCAUGUUGCUAGGUUCGGACUGUGUAUCUCAACUUCUCAUACAAGUUCUGGCAAAUCAAAGCUUGCAGAUCUUUCGAAGCUGUUGGCUAAUGGAACCUGAUUUCUGGGUGAAGGGCGUGGAACGUUCAAUGUUGGAAACAGAAGUAAGACCGUACACUGUUGUGGAGGAUGAUAUACCAGAACCAGAUAUGGUCACGGUAUUUGAACAGUGCCGUCCAAUCCAAAAAUUGGAAUUUUACAGUAAAGCACUUGAGCACGUUUAUGACACUGCUGAACUAACAAAAAGAAUCACCUCUUCCGGAAUGAGCGCUGUUUGUCUGAAGCAAAAGGAAUUUGAAAUUGUGGUGAAAAAUCUAGAUUGGAACUGCAUCAUCUGUGCAUUGCGCAUCCAAGUAACACCGGAAAAGUGUCCAACAAGUGUUACGGUUUUUGGCAAGAAAAUCAACCUGCAAACGAAGACGUCGCGAAUGUUCGAUAUACGGUUGACUCGAAAACAAUCUAUCAGUUGCAACAACGAAGUGACGCUGAAUUUCAGUUGUAAUAAUAUACCUGUACAAAUUUGGUCAAUUAAGGUUUUCGGUAAAACGAAAAAAGAUUUUGGUUUUCCCGCAGCUUCCUAUCGUUUUGACCAAAUUAUUACUCUCCCCGAGCAACUGGUUGCCUCAUUUAUCUCUACAUGCUGCAGGUUGCAUUCUUGUACUAAGUGGAAGCGUAUGGAUUGGCUUCUACCACUUUCACUAAAGUUUACAGCUCCGGACUUUGAGCAUGUCACAGUGAGCCAUCGAGCAUUAAUCUUGUUGAGGCAUUUGUCACCUACAGCCUCGUCAUUUCUCGAACAGAAGGACGCAGCUUUAUUUUCGUCACUGAUAAACCAUCGAAACGCUGGAACCUUACAAAUAUCCCUUUUCAACGCCUUUGCUAUUCAAUUAAAAGUGAUGACUUUGCAUCGUGUGGCAUCUUUUCACCAAUUAAUUAAGAAGCGUUAG